AUGGACGUCACAUUCAUCACAAUCCACGGCAAGUUGUACCCGGCUGCUGCUGCUGCUGCUGGCUAUAGCAAUUUGUCUCGUGAUGCCUCGAUCCUGUAUGCCUCGGACAGCAUCCAGGUCGUACUCGGGUACCAGCCACCUGAGGUACUCAACCGCUCGUGUUGGGACUAUUUUCACCCGCAGGAGCUGCAGUUCGCCCGCAGCGUACAUGGCCGUGGCGUCAGACUUGACAAGGCUGCUGUCCUGAAUUAUUGCUCCAUUCGCCACAAGAAUGGGUCGUGGGUGGGCUGUGAAUGCGUCUUCACAGUGGUUUACGAUGUCUUGAUCGCAAGUACCACAGUUUACGGUCGGGGGAGAGGUAGUCAAAAGCGUGCCAUCGAUGCUCCAAUCGUGCGCCAGCUCUUCGACUCCUCGCCCAAUGACCCUCGUUACCAUAUGCUUACUUUUAUCUCGGACAAAUUCUCGCGACGCCUUGCAGAGCCCCUUCACGAACCGCGCGCGGCUCUCUUCGUCAAUCGCUUUACUAGAACUGCCACUAUUAUGUACGCCACUAGUGGCGUGACUGAGAUUCUCGGGUUGAGGCCGCACCAGCUCAUCUCCAAAAGCUUCUUCUAUUGUAUUCAGGAGAGAUGCUUACGGGAUGCCGUCCGGUGCCUUGAAAGUGCCAAGGCCAAUGAUUCGAUUGCGUACCUGCGGUUUUGGUUCCGCAACCCAUUGCUGGAUGACAAUGUAGAUGUGGGCAUGGGCGGGUACAAUGGCCCGGUUUUUGGUGUCACGACAGACCCGUACACUCGAGCAACGCCUCCUAUCGAGCUGGAAGCCGUCGUCUCGUGCACUUCAGAUGGAUUGGUCGUCAUUCUGCGUCGUGCUCGAGCUCCCAUCCCCAGUGCCACUCUUCCGCCUCAGCCGGUACCUGUCUAUUCCAACGGGAUCUUUGCAGCGCCGUGGGCUCUUGAACCGGUUUACGCAUAUGGCACAGCAACUUAUCCCCAUGAUGGUCUUUCUAAUCCAGCAUACCGAGAGACCACGUCCAGUCUCUGUCGAGAGAAUCCUUCGCCAGGUCUGGCUGCUACGCCAGCGACAAGCUCGCAGAGCUCGUCUCAGCCUUACCCGGCUGCAGCAAAGGAUGCAUCGUCUCACGGUCCUCAGGAAAAUCUCCUCAUGGACACCAUUCGGGAUGUGGCUGUCUUUGCGUGGGGUAUCAUCGGUAUCAAUCGUUCCUUGGAGCAGCAUAAAUACGGAUCGCCGUCGGGCAAUGCGCAUCCGGAUGCGAUGGUGGAUGACAGUUUGGACGAUGAAGCUGCGGCUGGCCGUGGCUAG